UAUACGUGUUGGAGACUGCGUUGCUCGACAGAUUGAUUGAUAAUGUCUGCAGUUUGAUUUCCCGCGCCAGAGGAGUGUACCCUCCCGCCAGACAAAACAGUCAGUGUUAAACCUACACAGUAUCAGUUCAGACGUGACUUCCUAUCACAAUGGGAAUACAUGGACUUGCUAAACUGAUUGCUGACCAGGCCCCUGGUGCAAUCAAAGAACAGGACAUCAAGAAUUACUUUGGAAGAAAAAUUGCUAUAGAUGCCUCUAUGUGCAUAUACCAGUUCCUGAUUGCUGUGAGACAGGAUGGAAACGUUCUGCAGAAUGAAGAUGGAGAAACGACAAGCCAUCUCAUGGGAAUGUUCUACCGUACCAUCCGCAUGUUGGAACAUGGCAUCAAACCUGUGUAUGUGUUUGACGGCAAACCCCCACAGCUCAAAUCAGCAGAGCUGGAGAAGAGAGGAGAGAGGAGGGCAGAAGCUGAGAAGAUGCUUGCUCAAGCCCAGGAACUUGGGGAGCAAGAGAACAUUGAUAAAUUCACUAAGCGUCUGGUGAAAGUCACCAGGCAGCAUAAUGAUGAGUGCAAGAAGCUACUGACCCUUAUGGGAGUACCUUACAUCGAGGCUCCGUGUGAGGCCGAGGCCAGCUGUGCUGCUCUCGUUAAAGCUGGGAAGGUUUUUGCCACAGCCACUGAAGAUAUGGACGGACUGACCUUUGGCACAAACGUCCUUCUUCGUCACCUCACUGCUAGUGAAGCAAAGAAACUUCCUAUCCAAGAGUUCCACUUCAGUCGUAUCCUGCAGGAAAUGAACAUGACUAAUGAACAGUUUGUGGACCUAUGUAUUCUUUUGGGCUGUGACUACUGUGGCACCAUCAAGGGGAUUGGUCCUAAGAGAGCCAUCGAUCUUAUUAAACAGCACGGCUGCAUUGAGGAGAUCCUAGAAAACAUAGACCCCAGUAAGCACCCUGCUCCAGAGGACUGGUUGUAUAAAGAAGCCAGGGGUUUGUUCUUGAAGCCAGAAGUGGUGGACGGUUCCUCGGUGGAGCUGAAGUGGAGCGAGCCGGAUGAGGAUGGACUGAUCCAGUUCAUGUGCAAUGAGAAACAAUUCAGUGAGGACAGGAUCCGUAACGGAUGUAAGAAGAUUGUGAAGAGCAGACAAGGCAGCACACAAGGACGACUGGACUCUUUCUUUUCUGUCACUGGAUCUUUGUCUUCAAAACGAAAGGUGGAAAAACCAGAUGUUAAAGGAUCAGCAAUGAAAAAGAAGAAGACUGGAGCCACAGGGGGAAAAUUUGGAAAGGCCAAAUGAGAUGGAACUCUCAGCUCCACGGACACUUAGUUAUCGUUGUACCAGCUAUGAAAAGAAACAAACAGCAGUGACGCAGGAACAAAGCUGCAGCACAACAGGAGGUUGUGUGUCAUACGAUUAAUAGUUCAGCACAGCAACUAUUGUUGUACAUUUCCAAACACGGUGUACAACAAAUCUAAACAAGGGGUGUUUUCUUUUACUAUUCUUUUAUUAAAGUGUAUGUUCAGUUGUGUAAUAAAAAAUGAAGUCUUGUACAAAUAAAUGUGCAGGUGUGUACUUUGCUGCCUGUGGAGACACGUCCCGAUGCUGCAUCUGCCAACAGAUGUCGCUGUGUCUUUGUUCAGCGUCACUCAUUUCUCAACACAAAUAAAGUCCCAGAGCGCCAUCGAUGUGAAGUUUAUCUCCAGAUGUUUAAAAUUCUUUUUUCCCCAUGUAAACAGUCUCUUCUUGGGACGUGUUGGUCGACGGAGACACAUAAACUGUAUAUUACUCCCUGUGAGACAAAAGUUCCCAACUGUGAGUGGAGGCGAACGUUUACAGUCCUGUCCUCAAUAUUUAUUUAAUGAGUGGGAAAGACCGUCCAAUGUACUUUAAAGCUAUAUUAAAAGUUCAGUACAUAUCAA